AUGAAGACAAACGUGCGAUCAGUAUGGAUGCUCGCCGUCCUGUCCCUCGAGACGGCCGUGUCUACGGCCUUCUCGGUAGACGUCCGAGCAGUCGCACCGGGCACAGCUGGUCCCAUCAGCCCGUACGCAGACAACUACACGACCUUGGACAGCGGAGUCAGAAUAUACGGCACUCCUUCAUCACUAGAGACGGCAGAUGCUGUCGCACUGACUUUGAGGUCCUCCCACGCUGGUUCCUCUUCUUUCUCCCCGAGCGACAGACGUGCGGCAUCAGCAGCGUCGCAUCCAAGAGGUGCAGCGGGCUGGUGCAGCGCGAGCAGCAUCGACAAUGAAGGCUCGGACAACUCCCCGCUCAUCAGCGACUGCCAGGUCAUCGCGACCCAAGUGUACCAGCUCGCGGCCAACAACAAUGCCUACUUUGGGCGGUCCGAGUGCAACCCGGACUCGACCACGGGCCAGUUCACGUGCUACUACCCCGUCGUGUCGUACCAGAGCUGCAUGUUUGGCGUCAGCACCGUCAGCGCCGGCACCAGCCUCGCCGUCCGCGUCGGCUGGCAGGACGUGGGCGAUCUCAUCACCGACAGCGUCAGCCAGUGCGGCAACUCGCCUUCUUCCGGCAAGGUCGGCGCCUCGGGCGAAAUGACCUGUCCCGAAGAAAAUAGCGCCUCGGGAAGCUACUCGACUGCCUGGGGCAUUUAUCACUCGUGA